AUGAAACUCGUGUCUGUCGUAGCCACCAUUGCUGCUGCUGCCGCCACUGUGCGUGCUGCUGCCUUUCACGACCCACAGGUGGUCUUCUCCAAUGACGCCGUUCUGUCUCCCGUGAGCAACGACUUUGAGGGGCUCCAGGACUUCACCCUAGGCAAGUUCUCGCUCUUGUCACUCCACAAGCAAUUGAUCGAGUUGGACUCGACGUCCAACCACGAAGGCCGUGGCUCCCAGUUCCUCAAGACGUUUCUCGAGUCGUACGGGUUAACGGUGGAGCUCCAGAAGAUUCACGACCAGUUUGAGACCCGCUACAACGUCUACGCCUACUUGGGCAAGACCAGAGACACCAAGGUGGUGCUCACGUCCCACAUCGACACAGUGCCUCCAUACAUCCCCUACAAGGUGGAUGGGACCAAGAUCUACGGACGUGGGUCCUCGGACGCCAAGGGCUCGGUUGCGACCCAGAUUGCCGCCUUCUUGUCGUUGGUGCAUUCGGGAGACCUCAAGGAGGGCGAUGUGUCGUUAUUGUACGUGGUGGGCGAGGAGAUCAGCGGUGUGGGUAUGUCCAUCGUGGACCAAUUGGGUGUCAAGUGGGAAACUGGGAUCUUUGGCGAGCCCACCGAGUUGAAGCUCGGAGUCGGCCACAAGGGCUAUUACAUCUUCCAGCUCACUGCUGACGGCAAGGCUGCCCACAGUGGCUACCCCCAUUUGGGAGUUUCAGCGUCCGAGAUCUUGCUUCCCGCUUUGAACAAGUUGUUGGACGUGCAAUGGCCUGCCUCCGAUUUGCUAGGCCCAUCCACGUUGAACAUCGGCCAGUUCAGCGGAGGUCUUGCGCUCAAUGUGAUUCCAGCACACGCAGAGGCCAGGGCGUUCAUCAGAGUUGCUGCUGAUGUGGACGAGAUCGACCGUUUGGUGCACGAAGCCAUUGAUCCCGUGGCAAACUUGAAGUUGGAGGUAUUGGCCAAGGGUCCCGAGACCCAUCUCGACUACGAGGUUCCUGGCUUCGACCUGGUGGUGUUGGCGUACAGCACCGACAUUCCCCACUUGAAGGUUCCGCUCAAGAAACGGUACUUGUACGGUCCAGGCACCAUUUUGGUGGCCCACUCGGACCACGAGUACGUGGAAAACUCCGACUUGAUCGACUCGAUCGGAGGCUACCAGAAGUUGAUCAAGUACGCGGUACAAAACUAA